UCUCUAACCGAAACAAAUUCCUGCUCCCUUAAGAGGCUGGAGACUUGCGGAGCUGCCUCCCAGGGCAGGCGCCUCUGCCACGCAGCGAGAGUUGGCGGGGCCCGGGCUGGGUUCAGGGAAGCGCCGUAGUCCGGAAUCGCCCGUCCCUGCCUGCGGGAGCGAACCGGACUUCGCCCCGGCGCGGAGCGGGCUGGGGACAAGUGGCAGCGCCCAGCUCAGGGCCGGAUCGCCGGGCAGCGCAGAGCAACCCGACCGGGCCAGCAUGUGGACCGCGCUCCGGAGCGGCGCCGAGCGGACCUCGCCGCGGGGCAGCAGGGGUCGCGUUUGUGCCCUGAGCCUGGGGGUAGCCGCGCUGCUCCUGCUCGGCUUCCUCAUCGGCUGGUUUACAAAACCUACUGAUGAGGUAACAGCCCCUAUUUCUCAUGAGAAGGUGAAGAAGGUAUUUAUGGCUGAAAUGAAAGCUGAAAACAUCAAGCAGUUUCUAUAUAAUUUUACACGGCGUCCUCACCUCGCAGGCACAGCUGAGAACCUGCGCCUUGCACAGCAAAUCCAAGCCCAGUGGAAGGAAUUUGGAUUGGAUUCGGUUGAGCUGGUUCACUAUGAUGUCCUGUUGUCCUACCCUAAUAAAACGAAUCCCAACUACAUCUCAAUUAUUGAUGAGCAUGGAAAUGAGAUCUUCAAUACAUCAUUAUUUGAGCCUCCCCCUCCAGGAUAUGAGACUGUUACAGAUGUUGUGCCACCAUACAGUGCCUUCUCAGCCCAAGGGGUACCAGAGGGUGAGUUGGUGUACGUCAACUAUGGCCGUACCGAAGACUUUUUCAAACUGGAGAGAGAGAUGGGAAUUAACUGUACUGGAAAGAUUGUCAUUGCCAGAUAUGGGAAAAUCUUCAGAGGAAAUAAGGUGAAGAAUGCUGAGCUGGUUGGUGCCAAGGGAGUUAUUCUGUAUUCAGACCCUGCCGACUACUGCGCCCCAGGAGUAGAUUCCUUUCCAAAUGGCUGGAACCUUCCUGAAGGUGGAGCCCAGCGCGGGAAUGUGUUAAAUCUGAAUGGGGCCGGGGAUCCUCUCACGCCAGGUUAUCCAGCAAAAGAGUACACCUAUCGAUAUGAAGAAGCCAGGGCUGUGGGUCUUCCGAAACUUCCAGUCCAUCCCAUUGGUUACAAUGAUGCUGAAAAGUUAUUACGUAACAUGGGAGGACCUGCCCCACCAGACAGCAGCUGGAAAGGAAGCCUGAAUGUGUCUUACAACAUUGGUCCUGGUUUCAUGAGCCAUUACUCUACAAGAAAGGUCAAAAUGCACAUUCACAGUAGCAAUAAAGUGACAAGAAUUUACAACGUGAUCGGUACCAUCAGAGGAGCAACAGAACCAGACAGAUACGUCAUCCUGGGAGGCCACCGUGACUCCUGGGUCUUUGGUGGAAUUAAUCCUCAGAGCGGGGCAGCUGUGGUUCAUGAGAUUGUGAGAAGUUAUGGGAAAUUGAAGAAGGAAGGAUGGAGGCCCAGAAGAACAAUGAUAUUUGCAAGCUGGGAUGCGGAGGAAUUUGGCUUGCUAGGAUCUACAGAGUGGGCUGAGGAAAAUGCCAAACUAUUACAAGCACGUGGGGUGGCCUAUAUCAAUGCCGAUUCCUCAGUUGAAGGAAACUACACUCUGAGAAUUGAUUGUACUCCGCUGAUGUACAGCCUGGUGUACAGCUUGACCAAAGAGAUACCAAGCCCAGAUGAGGGGUUUAAAGGCAAAUCACUUUAUGAGAGCUGGCAUGAAAAAAACCCAUCUACAGAAUAUAAAGAUGUCCCCAGAAUAAAUAAGCUGGGUUCUGGCAAUGACUUUGAAGUCUUUUUUCAGCGGCUUGGCAUUGCUUCAGGCAGAGCACGUUACAGCAAAAACUGGAGAGUGGAAAAAUACAGUAGCUACCCAGUUUACCACAGUGUCUAUGACACCUAUGAGAUCGUCGAGAGAUUUUAUGAUCCGACUUUUAAGAAUCACCUGACGGUGGCACAGGUACGAGGAGGGCUGAUAUUUGAACUGGCCGACUCUGUGGUCCUUCCCUUUGACUGCAGAGAUUAUGCAGAGGCUUUAAGGAACUAUGCUCAAGUCAUCUAUAAUUUGUCAAAGAAUCAUCAAAUGGAACUGACAACGUACAGUGUGUCGUUUGACUCUCUCUUUUCUGCUGCAAAGAAUUUUACAGAAGCUGCCACUGACUUUCACAGGAGACUGCAGCAAGUAGACAUCAAUAACCCAAUCGCUGUAAGAUCAUUGAAUGAUCAGCUCAUGUUUUUAGAAAGGGCUUUUAUUGAUCCUCUUGGUUUACCUGGCAGGCCAUUCUACAGGCACAUUAUUUUUGCUCCGAGCAGCCACAACAAAUACGCUGGAGAGUCAUUCCCAGGGAUCUACGAUGCCAUGUUCGAUAUAGAAAACAAAGCGGAUCAGCGCAAAGCCUGGGAAGAAGUAAAGAGGCAGAUCUCCAUUGCAGCCUUCACCGUGCAGGCUGCAGCAGGGACUCUGAAGGACCUUGCAUAAACAUAUCAGCAACAUACUCAAAAGUGAAAGACUGGAGUUGACAGCUGUGGAGCCCUCAAAAAGAAGAGCAUUUACAGACAUGAGUGGGAUUAUUUUAAAAACCUUUUUCUUUGCAAACAGUACAGUUAUUUGCAGUCAGUCUCCCUCACUCACUUCCAUUACAUUUAACAAAAUUAAUAAGGUAUGAUGCCUCUGAAACUCUAUUAGGAGAGAGUGGAAUUGAGAUCAUUGUUCAAGUGAGAUACUAAAUUAAACGAUGUUCAUUUCAAAUUGCCACCUCAUGUUUAAAAACAACACCCUUCCCCCCCGCCCGAUUUGCUUCUCACUUAACAUGUUAAAUUGCAGAAAUCACAAUUUUUGUAGUCUCACAGUUGUGCAAUGUAAUUAAUCUAAUCUAUUGGCCUGAUUGUUUUGAUGAUUAUCUUGUAGUACUUUUAUCAGUAAAACAGAACAGUCAUCCUUAUUUCCAACACUUUCUAACAUAUUGGUUAACUUUCUAGUAUUCUCUACAGCAUUGCAUAAAUACACUCUAGGUGAUGCCCCUACAGCUCCCCUAUUGCACAGAGUCAUACAAUGAGAUGGAAAUAUCUCCUUAAAAUGGUGUCACAGAUGGCAUGGAGGAAAGGUAGUGAUCAUGGAGAGUUCUGGGCUGAACGCUCAGGUGACUCAUCUAUGUUACUUUUCUCUUUUAGCAUCUUGAAGCCAUUUAAAAACAAGAUGAAACAAGAAACCUCCCAGUCACUAUUAAGAAAAAGGUGGCUGGGAACAAUAAAUGUCAGCCAUGAAAUGACCUAGCACAAAUAAGCUUUCAGUCUGAGGAUGAUGAUCCAGUGCAAAAGCUAUCAUUCCUGUAGGUGGAAUUCCAUCUGGCAUCUCAAAUGAGCUAUUGGAGUGGAAGAUUUCUCUGUUCUGAAUUCCGGUGCGAGCUUUGCAAGCUGUCAUCAAGUGGUUAAAAACAAUAAUAGUAAUCACAAAACUGGACAUGCGUCUCACUUGUCCAAGAAAACCAGGCAGAAUCUGACUAAGGGGCUAAAGAUGUGAGUGAGAGCAGAAUCCCCAAGUGAUAUAAUUGUAUUGUAAUCAGUGUCUGUUCUGAAAAGCCACUGCCGAGUCCUUGGGAAGUGAUCUAAACAUUAACCAGAUCGUCCACUUGUUUUUGAAUGUCUUCAGCUCAGCUGCCUGUGUUUGAGGAAGGAGUGAUAUGUGGAGCACAGCCAUUUAUUUUAGCGUUCCUUACUGGGAUCAUCCUUUCUAUGUGGUGGUUAAAGGAGAGCUGAGGUCAUGUACAGGGGCCCCCAGGAAGCUUUCACACCUUCAACCUUAACCUAUAACCUAAUCCUAUAAUUGGAUCCAACGUGGACAGGUCUUUGUGCCCCUUGGUUUCAGUGAGGCUCUAGGAGUCCACCUUCAGGAUCAGGGUCCUAAUAAGCUUUAAAGGGAAAAUGUGCGAUUGAUUAGCAACUUGUCCACUUACCUUAGGUAAGAUGUCUGAAUCCCUGGGCCUGUCUGACAGCAUGUUGUACUUAGGAGUACUUACUUGGCUAAGUAAGAACUGCAAGAUUUGGCUGUAAGAGCCUUUAGAAUCAGUCAGGUAAGGCAUACAAGGCUGCUGAUUAUGGGCAACAAUUUUGCAACUUUUGGUUUCACAAUCAGCUUAAUUGGAUGAGUUUUGUAAAAAUUCCCAGAGACAAUGGAACUCAGUUGUAUUUAGAGCUGGUCCAACUAUUCAUCACUGCGCCUGUUAUCAACCUGACAAUAAAUAACAAUAAAGAAUCAGCAACAGUC